AUGGCCUUAGAAAACAGCAGCAGUGACGAUGCAUAUGAGAUCUUCCGAGAGCUUGACUGGUUCCACCGUCAUGCGAUCUUGAAUGAGACUCGAGACGACACCGAGUUGACACCCGCAGCAACAACGGGAGGCGACACGAUGGAGCUGCAGCAGCCUGUGAUUCCACUCACGUCGUGGUCGUCGCCUAUGCGAUCAGACUCUUCCCAAUCCGUGUGCCCUCGAGCACCAGUGGCAAUUGAUGUCUCGCCAGUGCCCCCAGAUGACAUGAGCGAUCAUGCACCUAUCAUGCAAGACCCGAGAGAUCGCAUGAUCACCAUCAGCGGCGUCCUCGGAGCUGGACUCUAUGUGCGAAGCGGAUCGAUCUUACGAUUUGGAGGCCCUGGCGCCGUCCUCAUAUCUACCACAGUCAUGGGGUUACUCGCUUGGAUGGUAAUGCAGUGCAUUGGCGAGAUGCUGACUCUGUGGCCGAUAUCCGGUGCGCUGGUGGAAUACGUCGGAGCCUUUGUCGACGAGGAUCUGGGCAUCGCGGUCGGAAUCGCUUAUUGGUUCACUUAUGCGAUUACUCUUGCGGCGCUAAUUGUGACAGGGGCGGGUGUGCUCGAUUUUUGGGAUCCAGGGAAAGCCAUUCAGGGGACGGUGAUGUUUUUCCUCAUUCCUUCUUUUAUCAUCUUCUUCAACAGUUUUGGAGUCCAGAUUUAUGGGUUGUCAGAGGUGAUCGGAGGCUGUAUGAAACUAAUUGGCAUAUGUGUGGUGAUUGUCGGCAUGAUUGCGAUUAACGUUGGGGCUGGAGCUGAUGGCAACAUUGGUACUCGUUAUUUCAAAUACGACACCAUCUUCCCCCAUGACCCAGCGACUGGUAAUUCUUGGGCAUCUGUCUUGUUUAUUGGGUUCUCUACCGCGGCAUUCGCGUACGUCGGUGUCGAUAUCACAGCCGCCACUGCCCUCGAAGCUCGCCCGGAACGCAAAGGUUCACAGGGAGACAAAAGAUUCUGGCCGACCAUCUCUGUUCGAUUCGUUGCAACCUGGACAAGCUUCAUCGUCUGGAUCAUCUACUUCCUUGCAGGAAUCAUGCUUAGCUUCAACGUCCACUGGCAGAACUCUAAUCUCCCUCGCGCGUCAUUCCUCGGUUCCCCUGUCAACCGUACCGAUGACAACCAGAUUAAAAGCAACUCCGGGUUCGUCAUUAGCGCAUCGCUUUCUAAAAUUCCCGGGCUGGCCGAUAUGGUCGCGGCGAUUAUUCUCAUAACCGUGAUUUUUUCGGCCAACACAACUCUUUACGUCGCCUCGCGAGCACUUUUUGUUCUCGCCCGCAAAGUCCACGGUAACGAGUGGUACUUGCAGUGCCUGGCGUUCUUUGGAAAAACGAAUCAUUACCAGGUGCCUGUCAGGGCAAUGCUUCUUUCGUGUUGUUUUCUGUGGGUGCCGUUCUUAUACCUUUCACCACAGAGCUCGCCGCAUACGACUAUUGCAAGCUUAUUCGAGGUUCUUUCCCAAAUGGGCUCGGUGAGUUGCAUUAUUGUCUGGACUUGUGAAUGCUGGGCGUUCGUCCGGUUCUAUAACUGUCUUUACCAACACCGUGAUAAGAUCAACAGCUCCCCCUCCUUGGCACGACUCCGCCGCUUUCCCCAGGGUGUAGAAGAUCUAUACCCCUGGCGCUCCCACGGCCAGCCCUUCACCAUGUACCUCGCACUUUGUGGCUGCUUGUUCGUCCUCCUCGUCGCUGAUGGUGCUGCACUGUGGCACGGCUUCUUGAUCCCUGGAUUGCUCUCUGCUUAUCUUGCCCCACUCUGCUUCGUCGUUCUCUGGUUCGGUAUCAAGUUCCUGCGCUGGAGAAGCCUGAAGCUACAUCUUGAGAAUCUGUCGGACUUCGAGGAGGCUAAGCUGAGGUUCCGAUAUCUGGAUGAGAUUGCCCAGAGAGCUGCGGUAAGGAUUCAACCGCAACAGCCGCGCGGAUGGGGAAAUCUAUGGGGCUUGAUGUAA